CGCCGAUGAUGAUGUACUUGAAGAGAUAGGCGUACGCCAUGGCCGCGGCCGCUCCGUGCCAGGGCUCACGGCUCCUCCUCCUGCUGCUGCUCCUCCUCCGCGCCCGUCACCCAGCGCCGCUCCGCCAAACCGGGCCCUGUACGCCGUCCGCGCCGUCGGCCGGCAGCACAGGCCAGCAGCAAGGGGUCGAGGGGAAAGCGGACGAACUGACACGACGAGCUCCGCACACAGUCGCCCAGCCCUUCGGAACAAUAACAGCCGCCGCGGUGCCUCCGCCCCGCCUCCGCGCCGACCCGGAAGUGCUGCAGCCGCCGGCACCGCCGGAGGAGAGGGGAGGAGCCGUGGCCGCGCCCGUCGGCCGGAGCCCGCCCACCCUGGGAGCUCCGCCCACAGCAGCCCCGGCGACUCAGCGAGCCCGGAGCACCAACGGUUCCGCAGUCGCGGCCCUACGACCGGGAGUUGUUGGGCGAUCCAAGAGUCCGGGAUUCCAUCGCCGCCCCGCGGGCGGGUGCCGUGGCCUUUCUCCAGGUUGUGGACGCGCGGGACACGUCGGGGGAAGGGAGAGAGAGCGUUCGAUAUCGGGCCCCUCCCGACUACUGGAAAGUUCUUCAAAAAUGAUCUACAUAGUUCCAGGACAGCUGGGGCUACAGGGAGACCCUGUCUCAAAAAGACAAAAGAAAAGAAAAGAAAAGAAAACCCGCAAAAGCAAGAAGAGAAGUGGUCUGGAGAUGAUCCAGUUUUGGAUUCCAGGAGACCUGAAGUGACAUCUGCUUUUUCCAAUGACGACUGACCUUGAGAAAAUUCUCUUCAAACCUUCCAUCUGUUCAAUGGAGAUAGUCAUUCUAGUUGCUCACAGAACAGGAUUACUACAGAUAGACUGGAGGACUUUGAAAAGCACAUUGCUGCUAGGAGGAAACAUACAUAAUGAAUUGCAGAUGGAUUCGUUAUAAUCUGUCUGGGUAUACCAGAAAGCCCACUUUUGUUGGCUCAGGCAGGAUCUCAAAUUCUAUGUAACCUGGGUUACAUAGUGAGACCCUAUUUUUAAAACAACAUUGACUUCUACAGAACUUUUAUGUUUUUGCUAUGUAUAUAUAUACAUGUGUAUAUGUAGAUACAUGUGAAGACCAGAAAUCAACCUUUGAUGUCCUCCUCAGGUGCCAUCCACCUUGUUUCUUUGGGAUAGGGUCUCUCACUGAGACCUGAAGCUAAUAGAUUCAGGUAGGCUAGCACUAGCAGCAAGCUCCAGAGAUCUGCCUGUCUGCCUCCCCAGCACCAGGACUAUAAGCACACCAUUUUUUACAUGGGUGCCAGGGAUUGAACUCGGGUCCUCAUGGUUACCAAUUAAAUUAUCUCCCCAGCCUGUUAUACAGAACCUUAUAACAUUAGGAAAUUUUUUUCUUUCCUGCAUUGUUAAUUGGUGUUAUCAGAUACCAGACAUACAGGCAUUUUAAACUUUAGGCCUAUUUUUGCCUUUUAAAUCUGUUAUCUUUGAGUUUUAGUUUUUGGUGCUAAGGACUGAACCAUUGCCUCACAUGUGCUAAGUACAUGCUCUCCUGUUGGGCUCUCUUCCCCAGGCUCUGCCCCCACUUUGCCUUGAAUAUGUUCUGUUUUGUGUUAAACUGUAGGUGUGCCUUACUAUGGAAGAUGUGGUACUGGGAUGAGAAUGGGGGUACAUGAGGAGCAAAGCUCACAUGCGCCAUAGCGUGUUUUCAUUUCUAUCUUUGGAUAGUUAUGUUUUGGUGAAGAGAAAUAUGUUUGUUUCCAUUUGGGGACAAUAUACUAGCUCUACCCAGUAGACGUGAGCUGAGAAGCUGUCACUGAUGUCUUUCGGGUAAGACCAAAUCUUGGGAAAUAAAUGCUACCCAGAAUUGUGAGAUCA